AUGGCCUCUGCACCACACGAUAUCUACGGCUUUCCUAUAUCAUACAAGGGUCCGCACCAGGCAUUCGACUACCAACGGGCUCAGAACCUGUACGCUGUCCAGGAAAAGGCAUGGGAGAAGUACGCUGCAGAGAAGCGGCUCUCGGGCGGCAAAAGCAAGCUCAAGAAGCUUAUCCGCAGGGGAGUUCCUCCAAAGCACCGGCACUGGGUUUGGUUCGAGGUGUCGGGCGCCAAGCAGCUCAUGGCAUCGCAGCCGGGAAACAGCUACUACUCCAACCUAGUGAAGGCUGCGGCGUCGAUGUGCAAGGUCACGGCGCAAGUGGAGCUCGACCUGCCCCGCACGUUCCCCGGCCACCCCUACCUCUCAUGCCCGGAAACCGGGCAGGCAGCCAUGCGCCGCAUCCUCACCUCCUACUCGCUGCGCAACCCCAAAGUGGGCUACUGCCAGGGCCUGAACUUCGUCGUGGGUGUCAUCCUGCUCGCAGUGGAGCGGGACGAGGAGUGCACGUUCUGGCUGCUGGCGGCUCUGGUAGAGAAGAUCUGCUACCAGGGUUCCUUUGGCGACAACUUGUGUGGGUGUCAUGUGGAGAUGAAGACUCUGCAGGACCUUGUCCACGCCAAGAUACCGAAGCUGGGUGCCCAUAUGAAAGCCACCAAUUGCGACAUGUCCCUGGUCGCCACCGACUGGUUUCUGACGCUGUACUGCGUGAGCAUGCCUGCGGAGUCGGCGUGUCGGGUAUUGGAUGCGUUGCUGAACGAGGGCGCCAAGGUGCUGUUUCGCGUGGCUCUGGCGCUGCUCAAAACGGCGGAGAACAGGUUGCUGCAGCUGGACAAUGCAGGCGAGCUGAUGAAAUGGGUCAAGGACUUCGUGGGGGGCAUAUUGCACAUCGACCCGCUCAUGCAGAUUGCCUUUGGCGGUAUUGGUGGGCUGUCCUUGUCCCGCGUGGAGGCUGUCCGCAAGGUCAAGGCCCAGGAGGUGCAGGCGUUCAUGGACGAACGGAGGGAGAGGAUGAGCCCGCGGACGGAAGGCCGUCCUGGGACACUGUCUCCCGGAACGUAA